GUCACGUGACAGAGAAACACUAAGAUGGCGACUUACGUAGCUGUACUUCUGUUGUUACGUUGUUGUUAUUGUUUUUUGUUGUUUUUGCCGUUUGAAAACGCUGCUCAACUUCUAAACGAACCAUGUUACAAACCCAUCAAUGACAGCAGGCCAGACUUUGUUCGAACACACCCUCGACCCCACGAGUACAUGAAGGUGUCCGACCUUCCCCGUUCGUGGGAUUGGAGGAAUGUGGACGGGCAGAAUUACGUGAGCAUCACAAGAAACCAGCACAUACCUCAGUACUGCGGCUCCUGCUGGGCCAUGGGAGCCACUAGCGCCCUUGCCGACCGCAUCAACAUCAAACGCAAGGGCGCGUGGCCGUUGGCGUACCUGUCGGUCCAGAAUGUCAUUGACUGCGGGGGGGCUGGAUCGUGUUACGGCGGCGAUGACUUGAGGGUGUACGCCUACGCUCAUCAGAGUGGCAUUCCGGAUGAGACCUGCAACAACUACCAAGCUAAAAAUCAAAAGUGUGAGCUUUUCAACCAGUGUGGCUCAUGCGUCUCAGUGACGUCAUGCAACGUGGUGAGGAACUACACCACGUGGAAAGUGGCUGAUUACGGAAGAGUGUCCGGGAGAGACCACAUGAAGGCGGAGAUUUACACCAAUGGGCCCAUCAGUUGUUCUCUGAUGGCCACCAAGGGGCUUGACGGCUACUCGGGGGGCAUCUUUUCAGAAUUUCACCCCCUUUCGCUGCCCAAUCACAUUGUGUCUGUAGCUGGAUGGGGUGUUGCGGAUGACAGCACAGAGUUUUGGAUCGUCAGGAACUCCUGGGGAGAGUUUUGGGGAGAACAUGGCUGGGCCCGAAUCGUCACCAGUGCCUUUAAAGGUGGCAAAGGCAACUGGUUCAACUUGGGGAUCGAGAAACGCUGUGCAUAUGGAGAUCCUAUUGUUGUGUCAUAGAUUGUAAUUAUUUAUGUUCCUGUACAGAAUUCAAGAAUAAUUUUUUAUGGGGAAAUGAUCACAUUUAUCAUUAUUCAUGUUACAUAAGAGUCACACCGUUGAUUUCACCAAAAUGUUUUCUUCAUCAGCGUCGACUAUCACAGAGAGACGAGGUGGUUGCUCCUCACUGGUUUGUGUGUUAAUGUUUUUUUAGAUGAACGGAAUAAACAAAUUCACUGAG